CUUUUACCAUCUGCCUACAAACACAAGAACCCACAGAAGUGAAACGGAAUGGCUUCCAAAGAAUAACUUCUUUUAGUUUCUGGAUAAACUUUGGACUUCAGCUCCUCCAGCUUCCUUCUUUUGUAUUCACUGCGUUUUGGAAUUGUUUUAAUCAGUUUUAUUUGGGUUGUAAUUGUUUUCAUACCGUGUUUCUUUGGAACGUCAAUGGCAGUCGGUGUGCUAGAUUCACAAACCAAAAGCUCCUUAAGCGGGAGCACUUUUUUUUAUUUAGAGGAGCAGGAACCUCCACCUCCCCUCCGGAGCUACCUUUAUGUGACCAUGUUGGCGUGCUUCUGUCCAGCAUGUCCCGUAAACAUCGUGGCCCUGGUCUUCUCUGUCAUGUCUAGAAACAGUUAUUAUCGUGGUGACUAUGACGGCUCCAGGAGGCUGGGCAGGAACGCUUUGUACGUCUCCAUCGCUUCAGUCAUCAUCGGCCUUCUCGUCAUCGCCAUCACCUGCAUUGUUCACUUCACCACAAUGGAUCUUUAGCUGUGAAAGGAAGGGGGAAACAAUAUGAGACAAUGGAAUAAAAACCUCUGGACGGUUUUAUCUGGACUGGCCGUUAUUUACCCACACCCAUUGAGAGGAUAUGACUCAUUUUGUCAAUAUAAAUGUGAUUUAUUUCUGCACUAGAUAUCACAGAUGCUUAAAAGCAACAGAAAUCCAUUGAUUUUAGUUUGCACGAGGCCAAGACGAUGGAGAAUUGCUAUUC